UUUCCGCGCACCGUCGUCGUCGUUUUUUUGCCCCGGCCGCCGAGCUCAUGUUUCCCUCUUGGGCGACGGGAGUGGCGGCCGGUCUCGUCUCCUUGCACUUCCUCCAGAAGCUCUUCUUCCCUUACUUCUGGGCCGACCUGAAGUACUUGCUGAAAGUGGCGCGCUAUGGCUUGAGGGUCGAAGUCUACAGGCUGCGCGGCAGCGUUUCUACCGCGCUCGAGCGCUUCGGGACGCUGGCCCGGCGGCAGCCCGACAAGCCGUUCCUCAUCUACGAGGAGCAGGUGCACACCUACCGGGAGGUGGACCGGAGGAGCAACCAGGUGGCGCGGCUGUUCCUCGAGGAAGGGGCGCUGGCGAGGGGUGACACCGUGGCUCUGCUCAUGAGCAACGAGCCCGACUUCAUCCACGCGUGGUUUGGGCUGGCCAAGCUGGGCUGCGUGGUGGCUUUCCUCAACUUCAACGUCCGCGCCAGGUCCCUCCUGCACUGCAUCGCCAGCUGCGCGCCCAAGAUGCUGGUGGUGGGAGCAGAUAUGCUUGGAACCUUAGAGGAAAUUCUUCCUAGCCUCCAAGAAGAUAUCAGGAUUUGGGUGAUGGCGAAAGAAUCCACAUUCCCACAUGUUGAUACUAUUUUGGACAAGCUGGAAGUAGCCUCUGAUGAUCCUGUACCAGUUAACCUCUGUGCUGCUAAAAACUUGAAGGAUCCUCACCUCUACAUUUUUACCUCUGGAACAACAGGUUUACCAAAGGCUGCAAUUAUCAGUCACCUGCAAGUUCUAAAAGGAGCUGCUGGAUUAUGGGCAUUUGGUGCUACUCCUGAUGACAUAAUUUAUAUUACUCUCCCUCUUUACCACAGUGCAGCCUCUCUACUUGGCAUAGGUGGAUGUAUUGAACUGGGUGCAACAUGUGUUUUAAGAAAGAAGUUUUCUGCUAGCCAGUUCUGGACUGAUUGCAAAAAGUAUAAUAUUACAGUUAUUCAAUACAUUGGGGAACUGUGUCGUUACCUUUGCAAGCAGCCUGUGAAAGAGGGAGAAAGGAAUCACAAAGUUCGCCUAGCAGUUGGGAACGGAGUAAGAACAGAUAUCUGGAAGGAAUUUUUACACCGAUUUGGUGACAUCAAGAUAUGUGAAUUUUAUGGUGCAACGGAAGGAAACAUUUGCUUCAUGAAUCACACAGGCAAAAUUGGAUCUGUGGGUCGAACUAAUUUCUUUUAUAAGCUCUUUUUCCCUUUCGACUUAAUCAAGUAUGAUUUGCAAAAAGGAGAGCCAAUCAGAAACAAACAUGGAUGGUGUGAAAGAGUUAAGAAAGGUGAGCCUGGCCUCUUGAUAUCCAAAGUACACUCAAAGAAUCCAUUCUUUGGCUAUGCUGGAAAUAAGAGAGACACAGAAAAGAAAUUACUAUGUAGCGUGUUCAAGAAGGAAGAUUUUUAUUUCAAUACAGGGGACCUGAUAUUUCAAGAUCAAGAUAACUUUCUUUAUUUUUGGGACAGGACAGGAGAUACUUUCAGAUGGAAAGGGGAAAACGUUGCCACUACCGAGAUUUCUGAUGUCAUUGGUAUGUUGGAUUUCAUACAGGAAGCCAACGUGUAUGGGGUUUCUGUACAAGGUUAUGAAGGAAAAGCAGGAAUGGCCUCUCUCAUCCUAAAGCCUAAUAAGUCUUUAGACCUGGAACAACUUUAUCAGCAUGUGGUGAUGUAUCUGCCCAGCUAUGCCUGUCCACUCUUUUUAAGACUCCAGGAAAUAAUGGAAGUCACAGGAACUUUCAAGCAACAAAAAUUUCAGUUGGUCCAGGAAGGAUUUAAUCCAUCUGAAAUCAGUGACCCACUAUAUUUUUUGGACAGUUGUAAGAAGUCUUACAUUUUAUUAACUAAUGAACUGCACGAUAGAAUCUUAUCUGGACAAGUGAAACUUUAGUGUUUAUUAAUAAGGAUUUUACAAACUACUGCACAAGACAAAACAAAACUUUAAACAUGUUUGUCAGCUACAUUCUGUAUGGUCUCCUGGCUAAGAGAUCUACACUGUUGAAUUUUACUGUAAAUAUUAGGGAGGGAUUAUGCUUUAUUAAUCUUUCUCUUUUUUGACCAUCAGUGCAUACUAAUCUACCUCUUGUAGUGCAAUCCUAGGGAUGUCUACUCAGAAGUAAGUCCUAUCGAAUUCAGUAACAUUUACUCCAAGGCUAGCCUUAGACUAUCAUUGGUUCAGUAUUUUAUAGUUUUCAUAUACAUAUAUCCUAAUUAAAUGUUUAUGAUAACAUAAACAAAUGACAUUGAGAGAAUAACAAAGCUACAGUAAAAUUACCUUUCGCUGUCUUACGCUGCAUAUUUUAUAGUAUAAUCUCCCUCUGCUGGACAAAAACUGGUCACUAUUAGCAGCAGAUGGCCGUUGUUCCUAAUGGUCACCUCCUAACUACACAGACAUACCUCUUUUUAUUGCACAGUGCUUUAUUGUGCUUUGCAGAAAUUUCUCAUUGUGAGGAUGUCAGUGCAGCUGCAGGAAGCCCAGCCAGGGAAAGGAGGCCUCCUCACCACUGCCUCUCUUCUCGAGAAUGGAGCUGGCUAGGGCUGG